UGAUAUUUCAAGUAUCAUAUUGAUGGGCGAAGGGUGAAAUUUCAUAUCCUGCAUAUGACAACUUGGAGCAUAUAAGACCUGCCCUCAUGAUGACAGACAGCAGCUUUCAUCCACUGCUCAGCUACCGUGUGAAGGUGUUAAGACUUGACACAUAAUCAGGUUGAAUGUUAACUAAAGGUUCUACACUUCUCUUUCUUUCAGAAGCCUCAUGCAUUUCAGUAAUAAAGCCAGAUGAUGGGCCCGUUUUACCACCAAUGACAAUGAGACGUUAUCAAGUAGUACCUCAGUGAUUAAAUCCACAGUUUGAUUUCCACGUAAUGUGAAUGAAUCUGACCUUCAAAUUUCAAAGCUUCUUCUUCCCUUUCAGCUGCUAGGACGUUCUGUGCACUCAACUGUCUCUAAAGUGUCUACAUAUGGCUCUGAAUGCUAAAAAUAGUUAUACAGACACUACUCUACUUACGAACGAGAUACGUUCCAAACGGCCGUUUGUAACUUGAAAUGUUCUUAAGUUGUUGUUCAAAGUCAUUUUAAGGGUAUAACCAAGUACUAAGAACUAGGAUGCUAGGAGUACGCAGGUUACGCUGCUGCACGGCGGGAGUAGCGGCCAGAAGUCGUACUGGGUAGGAUUGGUGCGCGGAAAAAAGAUUAUGUUGCGGGCAGGAAACGGGAGCCCAAUGAACACAAUUUGGACUCGCAAUUCUCUUCGUUCGUAUGUCUGAAAGUACGUAAGCUGAGAGUUCGUAAGUAGAGGAGCGUCUGUACAUCCCUCACAUUCCAAUUUUAUAAUAAUCCAACAUAAUUGCAGUUUAUUUUCAAAUUUUUCAUUGGCAUUUUUAUAUGAGACCCUAACAAUCAUGAGCAACAGCACAGGAUACAAAUGAUGUUUUAAUAUGAUGAGAUUUCAUAGUUACAGGAUAUCUCAGUUUAGCUGGGUUAACUUAAACUGGAAGUCAUUAUUGUCCAGUAAGAGUUUACGUGGAGUGUUCUUAUUGGACAAUUAUGACUUUUAGCUUAAGUUAACACAAACAACCAGCUAUUCCAAACAACAAACUGUGUGGAUUAAUCAUGUAGUGGCUCCGACAUCUCAGAAACAGCCACCUCCUGUCAUUUUCACACGCUAUAUUAUGUGGAGUUUAGCCUACAUAAAAUAAUGCAACAAAUCAAACACAUCCAGUCAGCAGCAGCUCUCUGGUAAAAGCAUCUUGUUAACGGGAAAGGUCGGAGCGCAACGUUUGGACUCGUUAAAGCCUAACAGGAAGACCACAAGUGCAAGAAUAACAGCUCGGUACAACAGUAGUGCACAGAAUAGCUUCUCUGAACACACAGCGCAUCUAGCUUUGAAGUAAUUCUGAAGACAAAAGUGGGUACUAACCAGUACUAGCUAGAUAUACCAAAUAAAGUGAACAAUGCAUGUACUUGAUAACAAAUAAAAUAUUUUUUCCAGUAAAUAUACAUCUAUGCAUAAUUUAUUUAUAUGCAGAGAAAGAAAAAGCAUAGCAGCUCAUUUGAAUAAUAGUGAGCCAGUUAGCAAGCCACGCAGGCACUUGUGUAAUCGGUAGCUAAACGAGUCCCACACAAACCCAGGUAAAUAUUUAUGAACGGACCAAAAGAGAGCGCUGUCUGUUACCUAUCCACCUUGUGUAUUUGAGACAUACAAUACAGGCCAAUGAGUUUCUGCCAGCACAAACAUCCAUCCCAUAUUUAGCCAGUCUGGGCCAUUUUUGGGCCAUUUUUCAUCAACACGAGGCACCGACUGGUAUUCCAGCAGUAUCUGCAGAGAGCAGUGACUGAAAAAUGGUGGGUCCUGCUCUUGCUGUAGUCCUGGUGAUCAGCGGCGCUUUGCUUCAGCCUGGAAGUGGGCUGCCGUCUCGGACCAGAAGGGCAGCUCCGGCCAGACAGAGAGCGGAUGAAGAUGACGUCAAGUCUCAAAUCAGCAAGUUGUGGCAGGAGGUGAACUCCUUGAAGGAGGUGCAGGCACUCCAGAUGGUUUGCCUCCGAGGCACCAAAGCUCACAGGAAAUGUUACUUUAUCAUCGAGCAGCCCCAGCACUACCAUGAAGCCGAGGACUGCAUCUCACAAGGGGGUACACUGGCAAUUCCCCGCGACAAAAACGAGAACAAUGAGCUGUGGGACUAUGCCAGGCGGAGCUCGCCGGGGACCAAGGAUUUCUGGAUUGGUGUGACUGACAUUGUGAGAGAGGGUCAUUAUGUAGAUGUCAACAGUGCACCGGUCAGUUACGUCAACUGGGACCGCUCCAGGAAGGAGCCCACUGGAGGAAAACGGGACUGCGUGACACUCUCUCUGGCCUCACAGGGAAAGUGGCAUGACGAGGUGUGCCGGACCCUGAAGAAGUACAUAUGUGAAUACCUCAUCCCUUAGCUGCUGUUAAUCAAACAGAUGAAAAAAUACAAAAACACUUGAAGGGGCUUUUUUACAGCUCAGCUGUAUUCUGUAUCCUAUACAAUAAUUAUUGCUUUUUGAUCAUUGUUUUGAGAGAGAAUGGAAGCUUGUUACGGGUAUGUGAAAAAUGUACAAUACGUCCUUUGUAACCUACUACGGCACGUCUAAUCUAUCACUUAAAAAUGUAACGAUUUAAAUUGUUUUUAAACCUUUUCUUUUCCUCCUGAUGAAAUUAAACUUCAAUAUCUCCCUGGCAA